AUGGAGUCUGGAGAACGGUUACCAUCCUCAACAGCCUCCUCUACUACACCUUCAUCUUCAGUACCUUCUGUGGCUUCAUCAGUUUCAAAAGGCGGCCUUUCCACGGGAGCUGCUUCCCUGAGCUCUACAAUCAACCCAUGUGGACAUUUAUUCAGAGCAGCUGGGGAUCAACCGUUUAACCUGUCCACAGUGUCGAGUGCCUUCCCAAUGGUCAGCCACCCAGUCUUUGGUCUACAUUCAGCCAGCUCAGGGCAUUCAGAAUUUGGUGGUUUGGGGACACUUGGUACACCCACAGCCUUAGCCGCACAUCCCCAACUAGCAUCUUUUCCAGGUGCAGAAUGGUGGCGAACAACAGAUGUUCAUACUCGUACAGGGGCGACCUUCUUUCCACCAUUGCUGGGAAUUCCACCGCUGUUUGCUCCUCCAGCCCAGAACCAUGAUUCUUCUUCCUUCCAUUCAAGGACUUCAGGAAAAAGUAAUAGAAAUGGUCCUGAAAAAGGUGUAAAUGGGUCAAUAAAUGGAAACACUACAUCAUCUGUAUCUGGUAUCAACACACCUGUACUAUCCACUACUGCUUCAAGUUCUGUGGGACAAAGUAAAAGUAUAAGCUCAGGUGGAGGAAAUCGAAAAUGUAAUCAGGAACAAAACAAAAACCAGCCUUUGGAUGCUAGAGCUGACAAAAUAAAAGAUAAGAAACCAAGGAAGAAAGCUAUGGAGAGUUCUAGCAACAGUGAUAGUGAUUCGGGUACAUCAUCAGACACCUCAAGUGAAGGCAUUAGUAGUAGUGAUUCAGAUGAUCUAGAGGAAGAUGAAGAAGAAGAAGAUCAAAGUAUUGAAGAAAGUGAAGAUGAUGAUUCUGAUUCAGAGAGCGAAGCACAGCAUAAAAGUAACAACCAGGUGCUAUUACAUGGUAUUUCAGACCCAAAAGCAGAUGGACAGAAAGCAACUGAAAAAGCCCAGGAAAAAAGAAUACAGCAGCCAUUACCUCUUGUGUCUGAGUCCCAGACUCACCCAUCAUUCCAAUCCCAGCAGAAGCAGCCUCAGGUUUUGUCACAGCAGCUUCCAUAUAUUUUCCAAAGCUCUCAGGCAAAGGAGGAAUCUGUGAACAAACACACAAGUGUAAUACAGUCUACGGGAUUGGUGUCCAAUGUGAAACCUUUAUCUUUGGUAAAUCAAGCCAAAAAGGAAACUUACAUGAAACUCAUAGUUCCUUCUUCUCCUGAUGUACUUAAAGCAGGGAAUAAAAAUACCUCUGAAGAAUCUAGUCCUUUGACCAGUGAAAUGCGAUCCAAACGGGAACAAUAUAAACAGACAUUCCCAGCACAGUUAAAGAAACAAGAGUCAUCCAAGAGCUUGAAGAAGGUUAUUGCAGCUUUGUCAAUUCCGAAAGCAACCUCUAGUUCACCAGCACAUCCAAAACAGACGUCAGAAAACAACCACCCUAAUCCAUUCUUGACAAAUGCACUUUUAGGUAAUCACCAACCAAAUGGAGUUAUUCAAAGUGUCAUUCAAGAAGCUCCUCUAGCACUUACUACCAAAACUAAAAUGCAGAGUAAGAUUAAUGAAAACAUCGCUACUCCAAGCAGCACCCCUUUUUCCUCACCUGUAAAUUUGAGUACAGGUGGGAGAAGAACCCCUGGCAGUCAGACAACUGUAACCCCCUCCGCCUCUCCCAUACUGCAUAGUCAAGGGAAGGAAAGAGCAGUUAGCAAUAAUGUAAACCCAGUGAAAACACAGCAUCACCCCCACCCUGCAAAAUCUUUAGUGGAACAGUUCAGGGGAACAGAUUCAGACAUUCCCAGUAGUAAAGAUUCUGAAGAUUCAAAUGAGGAUGAAGAAGAAGAUGAUGAGGAAGAAGAUGAGGAAGAUGAUGAAGAUGAUGAAUCUGAUGACAGCCAAUCAGAAUCAGAUAGUAAUUCAGAAUCAGAUACAGAAGGAUCAGAAGAAGAUGAUGAUGAUGAUAAAGACCAAGAUGAAUCAGAUAGUGAUACUGAAGGAGAGAAAACGUCAAUGAAACUGAAUAAAACAACUUCCUCUGUCAAAAGCCCUUCCAUCAGUCUCACUGCUCACCCAACACCUCGUAACCUCCACAUAGCAAAAGCCCCAGGCUCUGCUCCUGCUGCCUUAUGUUCUGAAUCACAGUCACCUGCUUUUCUUGGCACACCUUCUUCCACACUUACUUCAAGUCCACACUCUGGCACUUCCAAAAGGCGAAGAGUAACAGAUGAGCGCGAGCUGCGUAUUCCUUUGGAAUAUGGCUGGCAAAGAGAGACAAGAAUAAGAAACUUUGGAGGGCGCCUUCAAGGAGAAGUAGCGUAUUAUGCUCCAUGUGGAAAGAAACUUAGGCAAUACCCUGAAGUAAUAAAGUAUCUCAGCAGAAAUGGAAUAAUGGAUAUCUCAAGGGACAAUUUCAGCUUCAGUGCAAAAAUAAGAGUGGGUGACUUCUAUGAAGCCAGAGAUGGACCGCAGGGAAUGCAGUGGUGUCUUUUGAAAGAAGAGGAUGUCAUUCCCCGUAUCAGGGCAAUGGAAGGCCGUAGAGGAAGACCACCAAAUCCAGAUAGACAGCGAGCAAGAGAGGAAUCCAGGAUGAGACGUCGGAAGGGUCGGCCUCCAAACGUGGGAAGUGCUGAGUUUCUAGACAACACAGAUGCCAAAUUGCUAAGAAAACUGCAAGCUCAAGAAAUAGCCAGACAAGCAGCGCAAAUAAAGCUUUUGAGAAAACUUCAAAAGCAGGAACAGGCUCGGGUUGCCAAAGAAGCUAAAAAACAACAAGCAAUAAUGGCUGCUGAGGAGAAGAGAAAGCAAAAAGAACAAAUAAAGAUUAUGAAACAACAGGAAAAAAUUAAAAGAAUACAACAAAUCAGAAUGGAAAAAGAACUUCGAGCCCAGCAAAUUCUAGAGGCUAAAAAGAAAAAGAAGGAAGAAGCAGCAAAUGCCAAAUUAUUGGAGGCCGAAAAACGAAUAAAGGAAAAAGAAAUGAGAAGACAACAAGCCGUUCUUCUAAAGCAUCAGGAACGGGAGAGAAGACGACAACACAUGAUGCUUAUGAAAGCUAUGGAAGCUCGUAAAAAAGCAGAAGAAAAAGAACGGCUGAAGCAAGAAAAACGUGAUGAGAAAAGAUUAAAUAAAGAGCGUAAACUGGAGCAACGAAGAUUAGAAUUAGAAAUGGCAAAGGAACUAAAGAAGCCUAAUGAAGACAUGUGCUUAGCAGACCAAAAGCCUUUGCCAGAUUUGCCUCGUAUUCCAGGACUUGUUCUCUCUGGAAGUACAUUUUCAGACUGUCUCAUGGUGGUGCAGUUCUUACGAAACUUUGGUAAAGUUUUGGGCUUUGAUGUGAAUAUUGAUGUUCCAAACCUGAGUGUUCUUCAAGAGGGAUUGCUAAAUAUAGGGGACAGCAUGGGUGAAGUACAAGACUUGCUUGUGAGGCUCCUCUCAGCUGCUGUAUGUGAUCCAGGUCUAAUUACAGGAUACAAGGCCAAAACAGCUCUUGGAGAACAUUUGCUGAAUGUUGGUGUGAACCGAGACAAUGUUUCCGAGAUCUUGCAGAUUUUUAUGGAAGCCCAUUGUGGACAAACUGAGCUUACAGAAAGCCUGAAAACCAAAGCUUUUCAGGCUCAUACUCCAGCACAGAAAGCCUCAGUCUUGGCUUUCCUGAUCAAUGAACUGGCAUGCAGUAAGAGUGUGGUGAGUGAAAUUGACAAGAACAUUGAUUAUAUGUCAAACCUGAGGAGAGAUAAAUGGGUAGUAGAAGGUAAACUUCGCAAGCUCAGAAUCAUUCAUGCUAAGAAAACAGGCAAAAGAGACACGUCAGGUGGCAUUGAUCUUGGAGAAGAACAGCAUCCAUUGGGCACCCCCACACCAGGACGCAAACGAAGAAGGAAGGGAGGAGACAGUGAUUUUGAUGAUGAUGAUGAUGAUGAUAGUGAUGAACAAGCUGAUGAAGAUGAUGAGGAUGAAGAAGAUAAAGAAGACAAAAAAGGAAAGAAGACUGAUAUCUGUGAAGAUGAGGAUGAAGGUGACCAAGCAGCAAGUGUUGAAGAGCUAGAAAAACAGAUUGAAAAACUGAGUAAACAACAGAGUCAGUACAGAAGGAAGCUCUUUGACGCUUCUCACUCUUUGCGUUCGAUGAUGUUUGGCCAGGAUCGUUACAGACGCCGGUACUGGAUUCUUCCCCAAUGUGGGGGGAUUUUUGUAGAAGGCAUGGAGAGUGGUGAAGGACUAGAAGAAAUUGCAAAAGAAAGAGAAAAACUAAAAAAGGUAGAAAGUAUCCAGAUCAAAGAAGAAAUAUUUGAGACUUCUGAAGAUACUUUAAAUUGCUCAAAUCCAGAUCUUUGUGAGCAAAAGGAAGAUCCUAAAGAAAAAGAUAACACAAAUUUGUUUCUUCAGAAACCUGGCUCUUUUUCAAAGUUAAGCAAGCUUUUAGAAGUAGCUAAAAUGUCUCCUGAGUCAGACAUAAUAACCCCCAAACCAAAUACCAGUGCAAACGGGUGUACAUUGUCUUAUCAAAACAGUGGAAAACAUUCAUUGGCCAGCAUUCAAUCAACAGCAACACAAAGCAACAUGGAGAAGACAGACUCUAAUAAUCCAUUCAGUCCUGGUUCAAGUGGUCCAGGGAAGUUCUACAGCCCUCUACCCAAUGACCAGCUGUUAAAAACACUGACUGAAAAGAAUAGACAGUGGUUCAGCCUUUUGCCAAGAACCCCUUGUGAUGACAGUUCACUCACCCAUACUGAUGCAUCAGCUGCUUCUGUGGUGACUCCUCAGUCUCAGCCACCAUCCCAGUCCCCCUCCCCUGCUCCGGCUCCCCUCUUGGGGUCAUCUUCUGCUCAGAAUCCUGUUGGCCUAAAUCCAUUUGCUGUAUCACCUCUUCAGAUGAAAAGUGGAGUAUCUAUGAUGGGACUCCAGUUUUGUGGAUGGCCCACUGGCGUGCUUACCUCCAAUAUUCCAUUUACGUCACCUUUACCUAGUCUGGGAUCGGGAUUGGGAUUAUCUGAAGGAAAUGGUAAUUCAUUCUUGACUCCCAAUGUUGCUUCAAGUAAAAGUGAAUCUCCAGUCCCACAGAAUGAAAAAGUCUCUUCAACUCAACCUGCAGCUGUUGAAGUAGCAAAACCAGUAGAUUUUCCUAGUCCAAAACCUAUUCCAGAAGAAAUGCAGUUUGGUUGGUGGAGAAUUAUUGACCCAGAGGACCUAAAAGCUUUGCUCAAAGUGCUGCAUCUCAGAGGAAUAAGAGAAAAGGCAUUACAGAAACAAAUUCAGAAACACUUGGAUUAUAUUACCCAAGCUUGCAUCAAGAAUAAGGAUGUUGCUAUUAUUGAAUUAAAUGAAAAUGAAGAAAACCAGGUAACUCGAGAUAUUGUGGAGAACUGGUCAGUAGAAGAACAAGCAAUGGAAAUGGAUUUGAGUAUUCUUCAACAGGUAGAAGAUCUAGAAAGGAGAGUUGCAUCAGCAAGUUUGCAAGUAAAGGGUUGGAUGUGUCCAGAGCCUGCAUCAGAAAGGGAGGACUUGGUAUAUUUUGAACAUAAGUCAUUUUCUAAGUUGUGCAAGGAGCAUGAUGGAGAAUUUACUGGCGAAGAAGAAAGCAGUGCACAUGCACUAGAACGGAAGAGUGACAACCCCCUAGAUAUAGCUGUAACCAGGCUGGCUGAUUUGGAGCGGAACAUUGAGAGAAGAAUUGAAGAGGAUAUUGCUCCAGGGCUCAGGGUAUGGAGAAGGGCAUUGUCAGAAGCUCGCAGUGCUGCACAGGUAGCUCUGUGCAUUCAGCAGUUACAGAAAUCAAUAGCAUGGGAAAAAUCAAUUAUGAAAGUUUACUGCCAGAUCUGUCGAAAGGGAGAUAAUGAAGAACUGCUCCUCCUUUGUGAUGGUUGUGACAAAGGCUGUCACACAUACUGCCAUAGACCCAAGAUUACAACCAUACCAGAUGGGGACUGGUUUUGUCCAGCUUGCAUUGCUAAGGCAAGUGGUCAAACUCUAAAAAUCAAAAAACUUCAUGUCAAAGGAAAAAAGACUAAUGAGUCAAAGAAAGGCAAGAAAGGAACUUUAACAGGGGAUACUGAAGAUGAAGACUCUGCAUCUACAAACAGUUCACUGAAAAGAGGAAACAAAGACCUGAAAAAAAGAAAAAUAGAGGAAAACACUUCUAUUAACUUGUCAAAACAGGAAAGUUCUACUUCUGUUAAGAAACCUAAAAGAGAUGACUCCAAAGACCUCGCUCUUUGCAGUAUGAUCCUUACUGAAAUGGAAACUCAUGAGGAUGCGUGGCCUUUUCUACUUCCUGUAAACUUGAAACUCGUUCCUGGUUAUAAGAAAGUUAUUAAGAAGCCUAUGGAUUUUUCCACAAUUAGAGAGAAAUUAAGUAGUGGGCAAUAUCCAAACCUUGAAACCUUUGCUGUAGAUGUCAGGCUUGUUUUUGACAACUGUGAAACAUUUAAUGAAGAUGAUUCUGAUAUAGGCAGAGCUGGCCACAGUAUGAGGAAGUAUUUUGAAAAAAAGUGGACAGAUAUUUUCAAAGUGAGCUGA